CAAAUUGCAUUGUAUUGCACAUAAACACUUAUACAAGACGCAUAUAGCAUUUUAAAUUGAAUUUUACUGUUGGAUAUUCGAAAAUUCAGCGAAAUAAUUAUAAAUUUGUGUGUUUUUUAAGUCUUUUUUUCGUAUGUGUUGUCUGAAAAUUCGGUGAAUAAUGUCUGAACAACCGGAAAAUAUUAAAAUUUUUGUUCGAUUAAGGCCAUUGUCGAGUACAGAUACUCAUAAAAUCGUGUUCAGUAAUCGUUCAAAUACGGAAAUAACAUUGCAAACGAAUUGUGCAAUUGAUUCAAAGUACAAAUUUAAUACAAUUUUUACCGAGCGUAUAAAUCAAGAUGAAGCAUUCAAUGUGAUUUUGGUGCCAUUCGUUCGUGACACUAUCCAAGGUUACAACACAACUCUAUUUUCAUAUGGUGUAACGCGAACAGACAUAUCAAACAAUGUUGGCGCAUCGACCAGCAUAAUUUCAAUGUCGACGCCAAAUCUACUACAAUCAGCAUGCACAUCAAUUUCAAAAUCACCACAACCACCUGAAACUACAAUGAACACUCUCGUUUCGUGUGCGUUGUAUCGGCUCUUUGAAAAUUUAACACAAUUGGAGCUCAGUUCAUCCGUUCGAAUUUCAUAUUUGGAGAUUAUCGACGAAGAAUUGUACGAUUUAUUACAACCAAAUAAUGCGACUGCAGCCGGAAUUCAAUUGAAAAUUUUCGAAAACGAUAAAAAUAAUGUUUACGUAAACGGUUUAACCGAAACGACUGUGCACAGUGCAGCCGAAGCGAUGAUGAUUUUUCGAAUGGCACAAAAAAAUGCGCGCUCAGUAAAAUCGAAUUCAAUUUUUACGGUAUCCAUUCAAUCGAAAGAAAAGCCCAAAUUUCAAGUCGAAGAGAAUGAAGAAUUGUUUAAAUUUCGUAAAAUGUGUUUGGUUCAAUUGGGCAGCCAAGAGAGUCAGAAAAAAUCGGCUCGCGCCAAAACUGUACAAUCACUCACCGGUUUGAAUCGUGUCGUUCAAGCGCUCAUCAAUAAGCAAACUUAUAUUCCAUAUAGAGAUUCAAAACUAACGCGAAUCAUGCAAGAAUCGUUGGGUGGCAAUGCAAAAACCGCAAUUGUUGCAAGCAUUGGAUCGGGAAAUGGUUCGAUUGAAGAAACAAUACAAGCAUUAGAAUUUUUAAAUCGCAUGAAAUGCAUUACAAAUCAUCCGAAAAUCAAUGAACGGCUUGAUGAUGCACGCACAUUAAACGAAAUGGCAAUGGAAAUUCGCAAAUUAAAAAUGGACAUCGAAGCUAAUAUUAAUAAGACCGGACACUUUUUAACCGAUGAUAUGUAUGUAAAUUAUCAGAAUGAAAUUCACACCACCAAAACGGAUAUGCGACGACGUCGACAAGAAUUGUUAUUGGUACAUGAAGAAGGUGCCGAUUUGAAUUGUACCGUCUCAAAUGUUAACACAACAUUGUGUGCACAGACACAAAAAUUGGAAGAACUUCAAAGCAUUGCGUCAACCAAACAGAAACAAUCGCAAAUAUUGUGUCAGGUGUCACAACAGCGAGGUGCAAUCAUUGAUCGAUAUAUUUCUACCGAGAAAACAGUAACUCAACAAGCCAACGAUAUAACAGCCACUGUACAGGAAGUGUUAGCGGAUAAAACAAAUCUAGAUGCAUCGGUCGCUCGGUAUAAACUUGUUGACCAACAAUUAAUUGAUACUGUUCGAGAAUUUCAAACUGAUAUGCAACACAAAUUGGAUAAUUUAAAGAUAUAUUCAGCAGAAACACGAGCCAAUAUUGAUGUCAAAGUUCAAAAAACGAUCGAUCUUGAGAAAACAUUUUUACGUAAUGCAAGUUUGCUUAAUGAAGUAAUAAAAACAAAGUCACUUUUAUUGUUGCAACAAUUGGAAGUAAAUCUUACCAAAGAGACGUCUAAAUGCAAUGACAUCAAAAGUGAAUUUAGCGAAUCGCUGUUAUCAUAUCUCAAAGAAUCAGAAUCGAAUAGCACUCUUUACAAAGGAUUCGCUUGCGAACUAGAAGAACAAUCCAACUUAAUCGAAGCACAUUAUAAAGAGCUCAGAGAAUUGUAUGUAAAUCAUUUCAUUACGAUAAACAAUAUGAUCGACGAUAUUAAGCAACGGAUGGCAGCUCAUGGUAAAAAAUCCACUGAACUAAUUGGUGCAAUGCGUUUGACAAUUAGUGAAUGUGCUGAAAUCGGUACAAAUAUCGAUGACAAAAUGGAACUUAUUUAUGAGCAAAUGCGUGAAAUUGUUCAUCAAAUACAGCAAAAUGCAUCCGACAUAAAGAACAGCGUUGAACCAGUUCUCAUGGCAUCCGAAAAAAAUGUGCAGGAAGCAAAAGUGGCAAUAGUCGAGUCAUUGAAUGCUCAUUUAAUUACAGUAAACGAACAAAAGGCACUACUCACCCAGCCAAAUCUGUCGGAUGAUCUCAAGCUCAUGCAAUCUGAACUCAAAAAUACCGUGGAACAAACGGUGAUGUUGGCGAAUAAUUCAUUGGAAAAACUGGCAUCGAACAAUACAUUUGCAAUCGAACAAAAUCAAAAGUGUGUUGAAACCAUUUCAACGAAUUUACCAUCGAAACGCUAUAUUAUGGAAGCACAUAAUGAAAUACCAAGUCUGAGAGAUGAUUUAAAUAGGAUUGAAAUACGCAUUUCAGACAACUACAAGGAAAAUUCAGUUGUACUGGACAAAAUCACAGUCGAUACACAACAAAUGUCUAAGAAAAUCAAUCAAGAAAUUGAUGCAUGCCAUAAACAAUUGAAGUUUUUCCGUGAAAUUGAUUUUUCCGAAUAUACAUCAUCAGGUGAAACGCCGGUUAAACGAGAAUAUCAAACGAAAAUUUCUUUGGCUGCAACAACACCGCUCGAGAAAAUAAAACAGCGUUUUCGCGAUAGACUUUCGCAAAUGAGCCCAAGUACAGCUGAAUACUCAUUUCUGAACGAAUAAGAGUCCACAAGACUGAAAUCAUUUUAGAUAAUAAUUACUAUGUGUAGGAAUGAUUAUGGCAAAAAUGUAAAUGCAAUCGAAUCACAAACAAAUCAAAAUCAUAUGUAAUGUUCCGAAGAGAAGCAAAAGAAAUAAUUAAAAUUAAAAUCAAUUUAGCGAUGUAAUGUGUUCCUUUAAGCAAGCAAAAUAUGGUGAAAAUUUAAUUUUUAAAAUAAUUUUUCAUGAAUUGUAUACUUUAAUAAAAGUUGGAGCGAAAAAAAAAAUUGAUUUGUGUUUUGGCAUUCAAUGAAAUAUUUUAGUCAAUUCACGCGAAUAAAUGAAACACGCUGAUAAAAAUGAUUGAAAAAGCAUUUGCACGCCGAAGAUAAGACCGAAUAAAAUGAAAAAUAAACGAUGAUUGCCUUUUUUGUGAAUUGGCAUAAAAAAGAUGAACGAUUUUCUCAAAGUUGCUAUUAGCUAAAAUGGACAAAAUCAGUGACACAAACAUCAUACAAAGGAGCAUAAAUGCUGUUGUACAUUGUGUAUUUUACAAAAUGCAUCAUUCAUUGA